UCUGAAGAGACGACCAGCGCCACACGGAGAAGACGGAGGGCCGGCAGACAGUAGACUCGCUGAGCAGCAGCAGUAUAUAAGCUCACGGCUCACCCACCGCUGGGGGCCGCACAGCCAGCUGCUCAGCUCCGUCCGGCGGAACUCGGAAGCCCUACGCUACGCCUACCCUCGCUGUACUACUAGCUGCCUUCCUACCCGCUUCCCCUCUCCUCCCGACGCCGUCUCCCUCCCUCCCUCCGCCUCCGCCGUCGCCGCCGGGACACGCGAAGGUGCGUCUUGACGGCCGGAUUCGGCUCCCCCUCGCGCGCCCUGCUCCCCAAAGGCGCCGCCUUUGCUCUGAUCCGUCGCUCUGCGCGCUCGUGGCUGCUUGUGAUCUCUCCUCUGCGGGGCGGUUUCCCGGCCGGUUACUAUCGCGGGGGGGCGGAACUGGGUCGCUGGGCCGUGGUUCUUGGUGUCCCGGAGCGCCGAAUCUGGCGCCCCUGGAGGAGGAGCGUGGGAGGGUCUCCCGCGCCACGCCCGCGGCCGGUCGAUCCGGAAUUCGUUCAGUUCGUCUGCUUAGGCUGUCUUCUUUUUCAACUCCUUGCGAAAUUCGUAGCAUCUGGAGCUUGGGGAAAGUUCCGUCGUGUGAUCUAAUCCCGUGCUUUUUUUCCUUCGGUUUGUUCGAGGGAAACGUUCUUCUGCUUCGGUAUUUUGGUCGUCUGUUGCAAGCAAGCAAUUUCUGGUUUUCAGGUGUCCGGGAAGCAGCGUUACUGUCCCCAUCGCCGUCGGGGAUUAGGGGAAAAUUGCGCCUUUUCCUUUCUUUUUGCAAGCUGUGUCCCACUCCAUACUGGCUUCGAUUGGAUUGGAUUGGAUAGAUAGCUCGUCCGUGGCGUGGCACAGUGUAGCAUUGAUAGCCCAGCGGAGUGAUGCUUCGCUGCUGAAGCAAUCGCAGGUUUGGCGGAGCUAAGGAAAGAGCUGUAGCGAGCACGAUGUUAGCCUUUUGAAUUGGCCUGGCCCUGUUCCAUGAGCUGGCGUGUGUGAGAAUGGCGUGAGUGUGAGCUGUGGGCACGAGGGGAAAGGUGAGACCCCCCUUGGUGCUGGACUGCUGGUGCUGUGGGGGGAGCGGCAGUGCAUGAGAUGCAUGUGAUGCGGCAUUAAAUUUUAGUGUAGCCACGAUUGAGAUGAAUCUAUAGGUGAAGCGAAUGAAGUGACUAAUGUGGUUUCAUCAGACUCAGGAAUUUGUUAGUAUUCGUCCAUUGCCAAAGCUGACUGGUGGAUGUUUAAUCUAGUCGUAGCAAUAGAUUUCCAACCAAUGUGUGUAAUUAUUGUCUCGAGCUAAGGUGGCAAGAAACUUAUGGCGUAUUAAGAAUUGUCCAAGGUUUUCCAUGCAGAAUGAGCUGUUCUUUGAUCAGCUUCGUAGCAACUGGUGACUUGAGUAGUUAGUACCUUCCUGCCACGUAUAUUUUAAUCUACCUGGGGUGGUUGGGAAACAAUAAAGGACAAAGGAUUGCAUAAAUCGUUUGCAUCAUGUGGGUCAAAUUUGGUUGCCGUGCACCUGUGUUAGUCUCACAUUUGGUAUGUGAAGAUAAUGAAUGCGGAACUGCAGACAGGGGAGAAGGGGUAGAGAGAAUUUGUACAUGGUCUUGUUUGGUGCAAUGAGUGCAUGACCCUUGUAACCAGGUUCCUGGAUCAAUGAGGUCGAAGAACGGAAACAUGCUUCAAGGUCUUGUCUUUGGGUAGAACAUGUCGUGCUUUGCGUGCUGUGGUGAUGAAGAUACCCAAGUACCAGACACCAGGGCUCAAUACCCAGGACACCAUCCAGCGAGGGCCGAUGCAUACCGCCCUUCUGAUCAACCUCCCAAGGGUCCUCAGCCUGUGAAAAUGCAACCAAUCGCAGUCCCUGCUAUUCCUGUGGAUGAGAUUAGGGAGGUGACCAAGGGUUUUGGUGAUGAAGCUUUGAUUGGUGAGGGAUCCUUUGGCAGAGUAUACUUGGGUGUUCUAAGAAAUGGUAGGAGUGCCGCGGUCAAAAAGUUGGAUUCUAACAAGCAGCCAGACCAAGAGUUCUUGGCCCAGGUGUCUAUGGUGUCAAGGCUGAAGCAUGAAAAUGUUGUCGAGUUGCUUGGUUACUGUGCUGAUGGGACACUCCGCGUCCUUGCUUAUGAGUUCGCUACAAUGGGUUCCCUUCAUGAUAUGCUUCAUGGAAGGAAAGGGGUUAAAGGGGCUCAACCCGGUCCAGUCUUAUCGUGGUCGCAACGUGUGAAGAUAGCGGUUGGGGCAGCGAAAGGCCUCGAGUAUCUUCAUGAGAAAGCGCAGCCCCAUAUCAUACACCGAGACAUCAAGUCUAGCAACGUCCUUCUUUUCGAUGACGAUGUAGCUAAGAUCGCUGACUUUGAUCUGUCGAACCAAGCUCCUGACAUGGCAGCUCGGCUUCACUCAACUAGGGUUCUCGGAACAUUCGGAUACCAUGCGCCUGAGUAUGCGAUGACUGGGCAACUCAGCUCUAAGAGUGAUGUAUAUAGUUUUGGGGUUGUUCUUCUUGAGCUGUUGACUGGGAGGAAACCUGUCGACCAUACAUUGCCAAGGGGACAGCAGAGUCUUGUGACCUGGGCUACACCAAGACUUAGCGAAGACAAGGUUAGACAGUGUGUUGACUCAAGACUUGGAGGGGACUAUCCUCCUAAAGCUGUUGCGAAGUUUGCGGCUGUCGCCGCCUUGUGUGUUCAAUACGAAGCGGACUUCCGGCCGAACAUGAGCAUUGUUGUCAAGGCGCUACAACCCCUGCUGAAUGCGCAUGCGCGGGCGACUAACCCUGGAGAACAUGCUGGGUCAUAAGCUUUGCGUUUGCUUCUCUCCCUCUUGUUCUUGUAUGAUAGGUAAGGUAUAUGACUCGUCGAUGUCGUUGUUGCGGACAUGUGGCUGGCAGCGUGUAAUGUCUGUGAUUAUUCUUCCCCUGAGCUGUAAACAAGAUUCUUGUAUCCCCACAGUAUUUGAUUCUUUCUAUUGGUGCCGUUUUUACCUAUCUCAAGGCGCAACUGCUCAA